AUGCACCCGCAGGACGAAGAGAAAACAGCUUUCAUCACGGACUCGGCCAACUACUGCUACCGAGUCAUGCCCUUCGGCCUAAAAAACGCCGGAGCAACGUACCAACGACUUAUGGACAAAAUUUUCAGACAUCAGAUCGGCCGAAACUUGGAAGUUUAUGUUGAUGAUAUGGUUUUCAAAUCAGAUGACCUCGGCACCUACCAAAGUGAUCUUGAAGAAGUUUUCAAGCAAGUCCGAAAGCAUGACAUGAGACUGAACCCUGAAAAAUGUGUCUUCGGUAUAGCGGGGGGUAAGUUUCUUGGAUUCAUGCUAUCUGCCAGAGGUAUUGAAGCUAACCCAGAUAAGUGUCAAUCGGUCAUCGGCAUGCGAAGCCCGCAUAAUAUUAAAGAAGUUCAAGUGUUAUCCGGACGACUCACGUCUCUUUCUCGGUUCCUUCCCUGCCUAGCCGAAACGGCUAAGCCCAUCCUCAGGUUGUUAAAAAAGGCCAAUAAGUUCACUUGGACUGGAGAGUGUGAAGAAUCAUUCAAGAUCCUCAAACAUCGACUCGGCACACCCCCGAUACUUUCAAAACCCGAUCCAAGCCUCAACAUGAUAGUGUAUUUGUGUGUUUCCAAUGAGGCAAUCAGCGCCGUCCUCGUGCAAGAAAAAGAAUCUCAGAAGCCGGUAUAUUUCGUGAGUCGAAUGCUACAAGAUGCCGAAAAAAGAUACCAACUACUCGAGAAGAUGGCACUCGGCUUGGUCCACACAGCACGACGUCUUCGGCAGUAUUUUCACAGCCAUAAGGUUAUCGUUCGGACUGAUUGUCCCAUUGCCAAGGUCCUACGAAAACCCGAGCUAGCAGGACGAAUGAUGGCCUGGUCUGUAGAGUUAUCUGAAUUUGACAUAGCGUUUGAACCAAGAGGACCGAUCAAAUCUCAGUGCCUAGUUGACUUCGUCAAUGAGUUGCAACCGAUGGGCCAUUUUGAGAAUGAUCAAUGGGUACUUCGUGUCGACGGUUCGUCUAAUAACCAAGGAAGUGGGGCGGGAAUAAUUCUCGAGGGACCAACAGGCUUGGCACUUGAGCAAUCCCUUCGUUUUGCUUUCAAAGCCUCAAAUAAUCAAGCCGAAUACGAAGCAUUACUGGCGGGAUUGAGGUUGGCUCGGGAAGUUGGCGUUCAGAAUUUGCUAUGUUGGACUGAUUCAAAAGUUGUUUCGGAGAAGGUCAACGAGAAUUUUCAGGUUAAGGAUGCCCAACUGUUAAAAUACUAUCAUACUUUUCAAAACAUGUGCCAACAUUUUGACCAAGUAUCGGUGAAGCACACCCCCUGCGAACAUAAUGACAGGGCAGAUCAGCUAGCCAGACUGGCAACCAGCAAUCAGAAACCAGGACAGCUUCGAACCACCCUUCAUUUGGAGCUCUCAACCCCAAGUAUUGAGGUAGUUGAAUGCUUAUCAGUCUCCGAGCAGUCGGCAACAUGGAUGACCGACAUACUACGAUUCAUCACUGAAGGAGUCGGGCUGACAUGUCCUUCGGCAGCCAAAAAGUUAAGAACCCAAGCUGCGAGAUAUUCUGUUAUAGGAGGGGAGCUUUUUCGAAGAGAUUUCUCGUCUCCUUUACUCAAGUGUUUAAACAAUGAAGAGGCUAAUUAUGUGUUGCGGGAAGUGCAUGAAGGAAUCUGCGGCUCUCAUUCGGGAGGGAGAACUUUAGCAACAAAGGUCCUUCGGGCCGGCUAUUAUUGGCCGACACUCAAAUUUGAUUGCAUGGAAUUCGUCAAAAAAUGCAUCCAAUGCCAAAAGCAUGGCAAUUUGAUACAUGCAUCAGCCGAGCAGCUACACAGCAUCACUUCCCCAUGGCCGUUUGCCAUAUGGGGAAUGGAUAUAUUAGGACCGUUUCCACUCGCUAAAGGGCAAUGCAAGUUCUUGCUGGUCGCGGUGGAUUAUUUUACUAAGUGGAUUGAGGCUGAACCUCUCGCAACAAUCACGGCAAACAAUGUGCAGAAGUUCCUCUGGAAGAGUGUCAUCACACGAUUCGGUAUCCCACAUGCCAUCAUCACAAAUAACGGACUUCAGUUCGUAGAUCAGAAGUUCAAUAAGUUCCUUCAGGACUUGGGGAUCAAACACCGAUUCACAUCAGUUGAGCACCCACAGUCAAAUGGCCAAGCCGAAGCGGCCAACAAGGUCAUCCUCUCGGAACUAAAGAAGCGCCUAGGGACAGCCAAGGGCACAUGGGCCGAAGAGCUUUUGGAAGUGUUAUGGGCGUAUCGUUGUACCCCUCAAUCCACCACCCAGGAGACCCCCUUCCGAUUGACAUAUGGUGUUGAUGCAAUGAUACCUGUCGAAGUAGGCGAACCCUCGUUCCGCCGAGCACAUUUCGAUGAACUCACUAAUGAUGCAUCUAUUCGGGUGGAUAUUGAUUUAGUCGACGAGGUACGUGCUAAGGCUCAGAUCGUGGCCGAAGCGUGUAAGCAGAGGAUGACUCGAAGAUUCAAUUCUAAUCUCACUAAGAGAAGCUUCAAGGAGGGAGAUUUAGUGUGGCGAGUACAAGGGUCGGCAAGACGCAAUCCGCGAGAAGGCAAGCUGGCGGCAAAUUGGGAUGGCCCAUUUCGAGUCCGACACAGCCUCGACAACGGAGCAUAUAAGCUUGAAGAGCUCUCGGGCAAGAUCAUCCCAAGAACGUGGAACGCGUCGCAUUUGAAAACAUACUAUAGUUAA